CUGGGACGCAGCUCCUGACGAGGCUCAUGCACAGAGUUGAGGUGGUUUUACGGUUCGGACGCUGUCGUAAAGACGAUGCAGCAGCAAGACGCCUUGAAGACAAAGGGACUUUUGCUCCGAGGCUCCUGAGGAAGUUGUCAACACCACAUUGGAGACUAACGGAGGAGAGGAAAGAACUUUUGCAGAGUCGUCUUUGGUGAGGGAACAGCUGGCGAACGGUCGGGUUGAUGUGUGCCAACUCCUCUGGCUAUUUCUGCAGAGACCAACGUGUAGCUGCCUCCAUCUGCAGUUCCUCCACAGCGUCUCUGCUGAACUCAGUACUCGAGGCUGUUUCCUUUGCUGCGGCGGAUCAGUCUCCUCUUCCAGACCCGAGGAUUACAAUGAAACAUGUAGGGGACACGUUUCUCUCCACAGCCCAGGAGUCCCACUAGGAUCCGGGACAAAGGACGACAAGCGACAACAGGGGGAAAUGGUGACAACUGCCGCAUCUAUGGAUCAUCGUCCUCUCCCCUGCGGAAAACACAGAACAGUGUGAGAACCGAGUGGAUGUGACCCUGUGAGGGGAAAUUAACAACCUGAAGACGAAGUUUCCCCCAGGGGAUUUUUCUCUCCCCCGUUUGAGCUUGAUGCUGUCGGGGAUCUUCUCAUCGCCUCGUCUGCAAAACCAAGAGAAUCCAGGGAACUCACCAUCACCACGGACCACGAACACAUCACGACCUCAUGUCAGCGUCUCGUUCCACCUCGACACGUAACUGAAGAGAGAUUCUAGAGAGACAGAAAAAAGCAGACGGCCGUGAGAGUUUCUGUCCGUCGUCUCCUCGACGCUGAACACGCGCCAGAUUGUUUCUUUUGUGCCGGGGACGAACGAUCAGUUCAUUAUCAAGUGCUUGUCUGGACAGAUCCUCCGGCCGGUGGUCUUGUGUGUAGUCGGGGAGAGAUCUGUGGUAACGCCUGAACCCUCCGAGGCUGCGGCAGGACGGACGGCGUUCGACUGACCUCAGCUGAUAAAUACAGAAACCGCCGCCGCCGUCGUCGCUGAUCUCAAAGGCUCGGAGAAGCUCUGUCGCCUCCGUCUGCGCCGUGAAACACUGUCACUGACACUUUCCUAUCUCCUUCUUCCAGUUGCUUCAACGACAGAAGCCUCUCGCUCCGUCGUCUCUUCCGUACGUGGACGUUUUCCAUUCACGCCGCCCGAAAAGCCCCUUUAUCUGAUCCCAGUGACCUCGUCGACCUCUGUCUCCUUUUUUAACAUUCUUCCUUUUAAUCUACUUUAAACAUGCAAUUUAAAACCUGUCACUGUUUUUAGAUUUUUUGAAGGAAGAAGAUUCAGUUUGUAAAAAAACCCCAAAAGCCAGAAACAAACAGCGUCGCGACCUGAAGCCAUAGUGAACACCAGCCGUCGACCCGACGCCUCGCCGCGUCCCAGUGACCUUCCGUCACGCACACGUUCAGGGAGUCGACCAAGAAAACUACACUUCAUACGCGUGGAUGAGAAAGAGCAGAGUUUUCUUUCUACGUGCGUCCGAGCCGGAUCUGCGGCGGUCGGACCGUGGCCGCGUCGUGGAGUUCGUCCCCCCACGUGUUCCUGUCCCGCGUCGACGGAUGAAUCCGGACAUUUUCAUGUCUGUUCUGUGGGCAGAACCUCGCUGCCCUGCUAGAACCGGGCCCAAGCCCUCCUUCGUCCUCUUCUGCUGGGCCAAGCUGAACUCCGAGCAGAGACACUCGCACAAGGGGAUCGAACGCACAUAAGAUCCUUGUUUUUCUUCUUACUUUUCUUUUCUUUCUUUCCGCGAUUUCCCGUCGCCACUUUGACGCUGGCGCUCACGCUCCUGUGAUGCCUUGCGACCAAUCGGGUCUCUGACGCCGCGCUCCGCCGUCAUCCAGCAGUAACCUUUACACACAACGUCUGGAUCCGCCGCUCGAAUUCAAACCAAAAGCAUUUCCACCUUUACUGGUCCUGUACGAGAGCAGGAGCUCGUCGACUGGACCGAUUGUGAGCGCGUCGCCGCUUGUUGCCAAAAUUCAGACUGAGCUCGUUCACCGAACAAAGCUGAGAACUCUAAAGCUGCCAACACACACACACACACACACACACACACACACACACACGAACGCAGAGCUUGAAUAUUCCAUUUUGAUUUCAAACUUCCACGUAUGAUUUCACACAUCCCGCAGGACAACUGAAGUGCCAAAAAACUCUUCCAACAUCCGUCGACGCUCGUCGAAGGAGAAACAUCAAAGUUUACAUUCAGCGCUCAAUGUUUACACACGAGGGUUUUUCUUCAUUCGAGUCGUGAAUCGUAACGUUUGUGCCAUAAACCAACUUGGUUCAGAAGAGAUACGACUCGGUCGUCACAUUGAGAGUUUACAGUUUUUCUCGCACAAAAAACAACAACUGACUAUUUUGAAGAUUUUACAUUUUUGGGCCGUUGGACUGUAAAAUAGAACUUUGUCGACCGACAGACCAAAACGUAAAGAGGUCUGAUUCCUGCUGCCGUUUCUUUACUGGUUCAAGAUUUGUUCUGAACUGAUUAUAUUCCAGAUCUAAAGACCUCCAUGUUUACAGACGCUGCUCGACGGACGGAUUCGUACGCGGAGAGAAAAUGUUUACAUUAAGGUGAAGGCCAGAAAUGUGGAACGUCACUGGAACAAAGUGAAUCCGCUGAACUCCGAGAGACGCUGAGCGGAGUUCAACCUUUUCAUACCGAGGUGGUUUUUAUAAGUCAAGGAGCGGCCAUCUUGGACGAGGACGCUGAGCGUUUGACGUGAUUUGACAUCGGCUCAAGAACUUUGUGAUUAGAAACAAUGAGGCCUACACUCUCCAGAGGGAUGCUCUGCUUUUCCCUCCUCCUCCUGCUUUUCUCCUGCCUUGCUGUUUCCACGGUAACCAUCACCGGUGGGCCACGUGCCGUCGACGGUGACGUCAGGACUCUGACGGGAGGCGACCCCGCUGCAGCUGGUAAAACCAGCACCGCCUUGUUCCGCCUGACCGGCUACAAGCCGCCGCCCGCCGGACCCAAAGUGGCUCCGAAGGCGGCCGAGGUGGAGGUGGACGGCGAUGAUCCGCCGGCCGUGGCAGAACUUCCUCCGAAGCCCCUCCCUCAGACCAUGCUGCCGAGGAACAUGACGGCCGACGCCCUGAAGCCGCCGCUGGGAGCGGCCCAGGUGGCUCCGCCCCCCCGACAGCUGGUGGAUGUGGACGUGUGCAGGGGAUACUUCGACGUCAUGGGCCACUUCGACAGCACCUUCAACUGCUCCAAGGGAAGCUACAUCUACUGCUGCGGCACCUGCCACUACCGCUUCUGCUGCGAGCACCAGAGGACCCGGCUUGACCAGGACGCCUGCACCAACUACAAGUCGCCCGUGUGGGCCGACCCCCAGGUGACCACCACCGUGCCCACGGGCAACAGGCCCGACCCCGACUUCGAGACGCUGCAGCAGCAGAACAGCAGCACGGCGUACGUGAUCGGAGGCGUGAUCUCCUUCACGCUGGUGGUGGCGGUGGGCGUCAGGAUCGCCUUCAGCAAGGUGGCGCGUCGCCCCCGAAACCGAGACAUCAACAUGCCCAGAUCUCUGGUGGACAUCCUGCGUCACCAGUCGAGCCCCGUGCAGCCGGGCGAGAGGAACAACAGCGCGGUGCUGAGCAGCACCGCCUCCGACGGACGCACGUCCAAGAACCUGUACACGCCCGUCCUGCAGAGCAAAGACAACCGCACCGGGAACAUGCACCACCAUUUUAACCAGCAGGGGUCUGCAUCCAGCCCCAAGCACUCUGCUUCCAUCGAGCGUGGACCCCGUAUGAACAACACCCCGCUCUCCUCCGGCCCCACGCUGCUCUCCGGUAGCGGUAAAGGACCCAGUGGCGUUGGUGGCGGCGGCGGCAGCUUUAGCGGCAUGAGACACAACAGCAGCCACCCGUCCUUCUCCCACUCCUUCCACAACCUGGCCCAGCUGCCGCCGUCCUACGAGGCCGCCAUGAAACCAGAGAUCAACCGCUACAGCUCCCUGAAGAGGCUGGAGAAAGAGCUGGACGAGUAUUCCAGCUACUACAAUUCCAAACGCCGCUUCAACAACGCGCCGCCGUCCUUCCACUCGUCUCAGCACCACCUGCCCUGGGGCGGCGACUACACGCUGGGAUCCCGCGGCACGCUGCCCCUCAACGGCUCCCGGCCCCGCCUCCACAUCCCCGCCUCCACCCCGAACCCGUACCCGCUGCCCGCGCAGACGCACUACACAAGCUCCUCCUUCGACAGGCCGCCGCGCCGCGUCCGCUCCCAGGACCAGCUGCUGGCGCUCGGGGAGGGCAACACGCUGUCCCGCCUGUCCAAGAACCAGCAGCACCAGUACUACAAGGCCAUGAUGAGCACCAGCAGGAGCUCGAACUCGCAGACGCUCCGAAGGUCCCAUGAGAGGCUUCUGGUCUCCCCUGACCGUCUGGAGGACCGGCUGAUGGCGAUGGGGCUAAUGAUGGGAGGAGGCGGCGACAGAGGUGGAGGAGGAGGAGGGGGGAGCGGGAUGGUGCCCACCAUGGGCCGGCUCAGCCACCACCAGAAGACCCAGUCGCAGCAGAACAUCUGCGUCACACCGUCCAUGGACCGCCACCACAUGAUCAAGAUGAACUCCCACCCGACGUCAGACCACGACCACGACCGCAGCUCAGCCGCCAUGCCCGGGAUGGGCAUGCACGGCGGCUGGGACGCCCACGGGGGCCACGGGGGCCACGGCGGGGGAGGUGGACCGGGGCCAAUCGGAAACCACCCCAACGCCCGACGGAUGGCGUUCGCCAGCAAGAGGCAGAACACCAUCGAACAGCUGCACUUCAUCCCCGGAGGAGGGGGAGGACACGGACUGCGGACUGGGAGUAAGAACGAGGUGACGGUGUGAGAGACGGAGGGAGAGGAGAGGUGAAGGCUGAAGUCGUAAAGAAGACGAAGACGGGACGAGGGACGGUAAAAAGCAUCGAGGCAUUUAUUGGGAAGAUGAAGUGGAGAGAUGAUCAGAGAGAAAAGAGGAAGAGGCUUGAUCUCCGCUGCCUCACAGGGCUGUACCCCCCCCUUCAGAAAACACAAAGUGAUGGAUGACAGCAUUAAUCUCACAGUGACUAUAGCCAAUUGAUUUUCUCCUCAUCACUUUGUGCGUUGAAAAAGAAUAUCCAGCCAUUCUCUGUAAAGGGAAGACAGAAAUGUCCACUUGAAAAGAGCAAAAAAUAUGGUGUGCGUGAAGUUUUAAAGGCUGCUGGGUAUUCGCUGUGACUUUUAUUGAAGGAUACCCGCCGAUUAUGAUUUAUUGACUUGUCCUUGAGUUUUAUUGCGCUGUCCUCUGAGUCCUCGAGCGCUCCGACAGAAGUUCCUCUGUCUUUGAAUCCACUGUGGAUGGUUAGAGAGCGCCGGGCCAGAGACCGACAGCUUUGCUCGUCUUUGUAUUUAUAACAGUAUUUAAAACCAAACAAGUUGCUUUUUUAUUAAAUUUACCUGAUGAUAAUAAUAAUAAUAAUAAUAAUAAUAAUAAUAGUAUUGACACUACUGAGCCCUGUAGGACUUUGUGUAUAUCUGGUUGAAAACGUAUUUAUCCUGAAAUCAGCCUGUUUGUAAUUUAAAGGCUGAACAUGUGAUUUGCUGUGAUUGGACGAUCAUGAGAGUAAAACUUCUCAAAUAAUCCAGACGAGUGUUUCAAAAUAAGUAAAAAAUUAAAUAAAUUCAUGCCUUUUAGGGAAAACAAAAUGAAAAAACCUACGUCGGCACAAGCUGCUGCCGCGAAGGCCCAGUCACACCAGCAUUGAAUUUAAAUCAGUGAAACUGUUGUAGUCACUGGAUUUUAUAAAGAUUAACUUCAGUGAACUGUGAAUUUGGAUAAAAACUGACCAAUAGUCUAUAAUGGAGGAAGUUGGCGUUUGCUUAUGGAUAGAAAAAAAAGCGUCUUUGGAAUAAACUGUGAACUUGUCGAAUUUGUAAGUUUGUCAAAUUGUCUCGACCGCCCGAGAAGCUAGCUGCUAACUGUCAGUUUGAAAGGCUGUUAGCUUGUUACCGUUUCCUCUUCAGUGACUUUUUGUUGUUAAAUUGUGUAAAAGGAACAAAUCGCAGAGGAGAGUAAAGAAAAGAGAGUAAAAGGAGUAAAGAAAGUAGCGUGACUUGACUCGUGCUGAGUCGCAGCUGGCGCAGCAUUUUAGUGGUUAGCUUGCUAGCUACUACGCGACUACGAGACAAAUGUGCAUGAAUUCUUGCUGUGCCACUUUCUGGUGUGACCGGGCCUUAAAAUCCACUAAAAUCCACUUGACGUCAACUCUAAGCCUUUGUACAGUGACUCUAGUGGGUGUUUAACAUGAAACAUUGUGCCGUGACCCUUUUUGCGUAAUCACAUUUUUGGGAAAAUGUUAAGAUUGACCUGUUGCAGACUGGUGAGGGGUCAAACCUUUUACUAUGAACCCCUGACAAAGCAAAAGUCCCUCAAACACUGUUUUUCAAACUUCAAGUUCAAGAGAGUCGCAGGUUCACUUCUUUCUUCUUGCGACCGAUUGCCGUUAAGCGAGCGACUCCCGUGUGUCUACGCCGCCACAUGUGACCUGCGAGUUCAGCCGCUCGCCUCAUAUGAAGGGAAGGAGGGCAGACGGGUCCGAGGUCCGGGGACAAUGACACUUCACACUAAGGGCUAUACCGAAUUAUCUUUGUGUCUGUGCUCCGUACGGCGUCUGCUUCCCAUUUCAUUUCUUCUUCGUGUCAGUGUCGGGUUGGGAGGCAUGCUUGUGCAUACAUUCAUAGAAUUUUUAUUUUAAUGUGUAGAGAAAAAUGUAAACAUGCAAAGAAAAAGUUUGGUGGAACAUGUAAAGAACACCCGACCAUGAAUUCUCGAGAGGGAGAAGUGGCGGUCAUGAUGAUGUCAUAUUUUGUAAAACAUAUUUCCAUUUCUCUGGCUGUGAGAUGGACCUUCCGACCGUCGGGUUGGAUUCAGCCUGUAUGGGUUCAAGGGAUGCAUGAGGCGUCACCUGAGGUUUUCAGAUUCCCCUCCGAGGUGUAUUUCCAUAAAGACAGACGUGAUUGCCACCAGCCAUUUUGAAUCUUUUAGUACAAAACCAUGUGCUCACGUGUUACUGGUUUAUGAUCAUACGUGUAAAGACCCCCCCCCCCCAUUCAGACUUUGAACGCUCUUUAUCACGAUCGCUACUUUCAGUUUGUCCAUUUUUUGUCUAAAACAUUAUAUUUAUUUUUUUAAAUCUCCGAAGUUUAGAUGUACAAUUUCGGAUUUUUUCAAUAUUCAUACUUUCUAGUGGAAUUUCAAAAAAAGAAAAGAAAAAAACAUUUGUACUCUGGAGGAACAAAAGGAGCUGAUGCAAUCAAAGAGAAAAGAUGGACCGCAUGACGAUGUCAGUGUUGAUGAUGUCAUAGUGCUGACUCAUGAUGUCACGGCGUGUACGCGCACGUGUGUGUAUAUGUACAUGUGUCUGUUUUAAUUUGUGUGCCCGUGUGCGUAACUCUCUCAGUGUCUUCUUCUUCUUCUUCUUCUUCUUAGGAAUGCUGAACCUCAUCUCUGAAUCGGUUUCCGUCUUCAGCACACAAAGACGAUUUUAACACCCGAGUCUCAUCACAUGUUCAUAUCGACUUGUAACGAACCUCUGAAGGCCUGUUGUUGUCGAAUUCGCUUCUAAAAAUCUUUUUGUUAAAGGGAACAUUGAUCAAUCACAGCUUUUCUUGGCGAGCUACGUCCUCCAAAAGUUUGAAGGCAUAAAUUGUCAAGUUCUGGUAUUGGAACAGAAGUUAAAGAGAAAAGCGACUUUCUCAUUUGUGCUCAUUCGAACAGAAAUUUAAGUGUUUGAUUUACAUGCGAAGGCGGAAACAAAUAAUGUUUUUCUUGUUUUAGCGACAGCAGUUGUUGCUGAGUCGUGGAGGAGAAUGUAUUUUGUGACUUGCCGUCGGCCGACGGGACUCGAAAGGCUCCGUGGUUUUUACAAUGAAAACAUCUGAUUAACUUUUGACGGAGAAACAGGAGGGAAAAUGUAAAUGACGCGUGAAAAUUCUGUCGUAUUUCUAAUGUUUCUCUCAUUUCUCCUCACACCUCCAAAGGUCUGAUACUCAUGUUGCGAUCUGCCCCCCCCCCCACACCUGAUUAAACUGUGUGCCUGUAUGUGUGCGGUCGUGUGUACAUGAGUGUGUGUGUGUGUGUGUGUGUGUGUGUGUGUGUGCGUUAGCCACCGCGGGGGAGGCAGGGGCAUAUUUGUUUUCUCAAAGCUACUCUGCAUACCUCAAAUUGUAUGAUGCAGUAAUUUAUUACAUCCCCCUUAUAUGUCUCUUUCCAAGAAUAUACAAACAGAGGUCUCACAGAUGUGCAAACCCUUUUGUUACUGCGAUCAAUUCUUGCGUUUGUAGAAAUCAUACUGUUAAAUUGAUAAUAACAAUUAAAAAAAGGAAAAAAAAGAAUCCCACUAAA